GCACGUUUUCGUCCACGAACAGCAUGGUGGUCAUCGUGCACGAAGACAUGGAGGGGGUUGAGAACGAACCAGUUCACCCCAAAAUUACUGAUGCUAAGGGAGUUCUUAAACAAAACAGAGAAUUCCUUGACUUCUUCUGGGACAUAGCCAAACCUGAGCGAGACAUUAGACUGAAAGCCAUUGAAGGUCUGAUUGAAUACCUGAAGAAAACUGACAAGGCAGAUGAGUUGCAGUACACACUGAAGAGGUUGGUGGACGGCCUCUCCCACACGCGAGAAGAUGCACGCACUGGGUACAGCUUGGCGUUGGCGCAGCUUUUGAGUGUCUUUGAAGACAUCCAGCUACAGACGAUUCUUGACCAGAUUAAACAGAAAAACAGUCUAGAAGGACUGCAGAAGAAACAAAUCAGAAAUGUUGCCUUUGGGAACUUCUUCGGGGUGCUUGCCAUCUCACAGUCUACACGCCUGUCAAAGGAGCCCCAGAUCCUCCUGCAGUGUGUCCGCCUGCUGCAGCGCAUCUCCCAGUUCUCCGAGCACCUACGAGACCUGCCCCGCAAAACCAUGGUGGACCUCCUCUCUGAGACGUCUCCAGAGGUGUUUGAGGAGACGCUGCUGGGUGCUCUGCAGAGUGACCUGACGUCGGCUCUCAGCACCCCCGAGCACCUGGAGCUCCUCCUGGUGGCGAUGCAGAAGUUCCCCGACGUCCUCAAGCCCAAGAAAGUCAAGAAGCUGCUGGGCAGCGCCGCUGUCGUCACCAAGGAAAACGUCCCCCAGUUGGUGGAUGUUCUGAGGACAGCAGCUCGUUCGGUGAAGAAGGAGAGUUUUCUGCCUCCUGUAGCCAUGGACCUGUUAGAGUUGUCCCUGAGGGAGGACACCUUUGACCUCUUCUGGAAUGAUGUCAUCGUUGGCGGGCUGAUGAACGACCAGCCUGGCCCUUCACACUACAUGUGCUUUCGGCUGAUGGGGAGUGCCCUGCCCCAUCUCUCCGUGCCUCAGAUCCAGCAGGUCCUGUCCAGUGAUGUGAUGCGGCUGUAUGGGGAACACGUGAUGCUGGCUCGGCAACCAGAGCGCUUCAAGAUCGCCCCAGAGAUCGAGGCCUAUGUGAAGCAGUUUGUGCAGGGCUGUACGGACGCCGACAAGCAGCUGGCUGUCAUGGUGGGGUUCACCCAGAUCACCAACCAGGGGUCCCCAGUCAUGCCCUCCGCCUGGAAGGUGGUGGAGGGUUUGGUGCCUCUAGCGGUGGAGGGCUACGUCAGCUGGUUGAAGGGCAUGUUCCUGAAGCCACAGCUUGACGACUGCCUGGAUUUCACCACACGCAGGCAGAAGGAGAUCCAGAAGAUCGAGGGCAAGAGCCUUGAGUCAGUGUUGCGUCUGCGUAAGUGGAUUCUUCCUCGGCUCACUUCCAUAGUGGUGAACCAGCAGGUGAAGAAGGAUGAGGAUUUGGUCAUGGAUAUCGCCAGGUUUAUUUUCUUCCAUGCUUUCUUCACUGCCAAGAAAUCAACUCCAGACAUACCAGAGACAGAGAAUAAGCCGUCCGGCGUUUUAGACGAAAAGACUCGAGCAGUUCUCGUCUCCUCUUUCUUUGUGUUGCUCCAGCACCUGAACCACCUCCCGGUGCAGGGGGAGGCAGGUGGCGAGGAGGCCGCCCCUAAGAAGCACUUGUCUGGGGUGACUGCUGACGGCAGCAGCUGGCUCUACUGCCUGGUCCAAUAUGCUGACGUGCUCCUCACCCAGACUAAAUUCGUCCAGAAAGCAAAGGCCUUUAGCGAAGAGCAGAAGAGUUCCUGGGCAAGCAUGAUGAAGUCAGUGGAGGCUCUGCAGAAGAAGGCUAAGAAGGCCGCCACUCCAGAGACCUCCGCCUUCCAGCUCCUCUUCCUACUCGUCGGAAUCCAACUCUUCAAGUCCCAAGAGGAGAGUGUGGAUCUGAUUCAGGACAUCCAGAGCUGCAUGGAGAAAGUGAACGCCAAGAAAACGAAGAAGAAGAAGAAAGCGGAUGCUGAGGAGGAAGAGGAGCCGCACUGGGUGGAGGUGCUUGUGGAGGUGCUGCUGUCUCUCCUCUCCCAGCCCAGUCGCCUCAUCAGGAAUGUCUGCAAGACCGUCUUCGGGCGCAUCUGCAGCCACGUCAACCAGGGAGCCAUCACCGCCAUCUUGGAUGUCCUUGAUCCAAGCAAAGAGGACAGUGCACUUGAAGUGACUGAUGACAAAGACAGUGGCAAAUCCAGGAAACGAAAGAACGAGUCAGAUGAUGAAGAGGAGGAGGAGGAGGAGGAGGAUGAAGGAGAAACAAGCACAAAAAAGCAGAAAGUUGCAGAAGAGGAAGGAGCAGAAGAAGAGUCUGAGUCAUCAGAUGAUGAUGAUGAUGAUGAAGAAGAUCUUAAAGAUGACGAAGAGGUUGAUCCAAACUUCCGACUGGAUCUGAUGAAGGUUCUGCAGGGCCAAGGGGCUUUGGCCACAGAAGGAGACCAGAGUGAGGAUGAGGAUCUGGACGACGCGGCCAUGAUGAAGCUGGACGGCAGCAUCGCCACGCUGUUCGCCGAGCAGAAGAAACGCAUGCAGGCCAAGAAGGACGAGCGCGACAAGCUGAGGAAGGAGAAGGUCCUCAUCAGGGAGUUCAAGAUCAAAGUGUUGGACCUGGUGGAGGUGUAUCUGGAUAAGCAGUCGGCCAACCCUCUGGUGCUGGGCAUGAUCGAGCCCCUUCUGGCCGUCAUCGAGGGCAGCAUGGGCUCAGACAGGGAGCUGCAGGAGAUCGACUUCCUACGCAGGGCUGCAGACAUCUUCAGGAACACGCUGUGCAGGGGGAAGCAGUACUGUAAGAACGUGUCUGACCGCACCGCCGAGCUGCAUGACCUGCUGGAGCGGCUGAUAACCAGGUCUCAGAAGCUCUCCGACUCCUCUGUUGCACUCUACUACUUCAGUGCUGCCCUAUACGUGGUGAAGGUGCUUAGAGGUGUGCCUACACAGGACUUGAAGCAGGAAGGCGAUGACAGCCAGGUGAAGACGAUGGGCAACCUGGAUGUGGAGCGGGUGACGCCUCUCUUCAAGGAGGCCCUGGUGUCCUUCAUGACCCACAGAAAGAGCCCUCUCACUGGGGCCAUGUUCCUCGACCUCUUCAACAGGCUGCCGGUUUUUAGUAGCAACCUACUGGACACACUGGUGGAGUACAUCACAACAGGAGUCCGGGAGCACCAGCAGGGCCAGGCUUGUGCCAUAAUGCUGAAAGGACUGCAGUCUAAAGAGAUCCAGACCCUUUUGGCAGGAGCACGCUGGAAGGAGCUGUGUCAGAGGACGGUGGACAAGCUGACAGAGACGUUUGGACAAGGUCUGGAGGUGAAAAACAAAAUAGUUCAGGAGAAGAUCAUCAAAGCACUGGAACUCUGCCUGUACCUGGUCAAGAAUAUUCGUCAUCAGAAAAUUGAGGUGGACCUCGAGCCAAUCAAAACAGCUUUGCAGUCCAUGAGUGAAAAGCAUGAUUUCCACAAGUCUGGGCACAUGGAGGACAUGUACUGGAGUGUGGUGAAGCAUUUUGGGAUUCAGAAACCCAAAGUUGAGAAGGCCCCAAAAGCUAAGGUGGAGGUGGUGGAGGCGGAGGCGGAAGGGGAGCCAAACGCUGAGCAGACUCCCGAGACUGAGGGGGGGAAGAAGAAGAAGGGCUUCCUUCCCGAGAGCAAGAAGAGGAAGAACCGCAAGAAGCCCCCAGUGGUGGAGGGGAAAGACGCUGUCACGUCGCAACCCACCAAGAAGCCCUCUGCUGGGCCAGUGGCGGAAGCAGGAGGCGAGGGGGGAGAGCCAGGCAAGAAGAAGAAAAAGAACAGGAAGAAGAAGAACAAGAAGAGGAAACAUCCAGAAGGAGGUGAGGGUGCGCCGGCAGGUCAGUCACCUGCCAAGAAACCCAAAGUGGACAACCAGCCAGCUGCCAAGAAGCCAAAAAAUGUCAAUCAACCUCCUGCCAAGAAAGAUAAAACGAAGCCCAAGGGAGAUAAGAAGAAGAAAGGCAAAAAGGGAGCAGCUGAAUGAUCGAUCCAAUGAUGAAUUUUCUGGAUGGACUUUUUUUAGUCAAAUGGGUUUUAUAGCCUGUUUGUUAAACUUGCUCCAAGGAGCACCUGAUUUUUUUUAUUACUUAAGCCAAGGCGGAGCAGCUAAAUAUGUGUUAAAUAUAUCAGCCGUGUCUGUUCAUGUAUCAUGUACAUGCUGUGUGAAAAUUCAUAUACAUGUGACAUAAAAUUAAACUAUUUUAUGU